AACUGACGAAAUCGACUGAAAAUCUUCCUGCUUCGAAGCCAUAACUGGCAAAGAGCGUUAUCUUAAGGUGGCAGCAUUAACUACAAAGUGCCGUAUUUUACCGAGAAACAGCAGCCAGCACAAGACAGGUCAACAUGGCAAGUAACAAAGAAAAUCGCAAAGUGUUCACCGUGACAAAGAAGGAAAAUGAGCGGAAUGGCGAUGGUCCGGGAAACGCUUUAUCGGGGCCCCCGCCGGGUUCGAAAGUAAAUGCUGUACGUGUGACCAAAAUCGUUGAAGAUCGUUCCAACGGUGUCUUCAAGACGCCGCAGAUCCCUCCUCCACCUCCAGCUGCUGCACCGACCAACAUCAGCGGAAACAAACCACCAACGGUAGAGGCAGGAAGUGAAGAUCGCACCAAGACUGCUAGUGAUUCGUCGUCGAAAGAGGGCCCACAACAGAGUACUGCCGCCAAUAGUGGCCAACAAACGAAACCGGUGAAAAAAGUGUGGACGUUGAGCAACUUCGAUAUCGGACGUCCGUUAGGAAAGGGCAAAUUUGGUAAUGUUUAUCUCGCAAGGGAAAAGGAAACAAAGUUCGUCAUCGCUCUGAAGGUGCUGUUUAAGAAACAGGUCCACGCGCAAGGUAUCGAACACCAAGUGCGGCGUGAGAUUGAAAUCCAAUCACAUUUACGCCACCCGAACAUACUGCGCAUGUACGGUUACUUUCACGAUGAAACACGCAUCUAUCUCAUCCUGGAGUACGCCCCGGGCGGCACAUUGUUUAAGGAGCAGCAGCAGCAACCGGGAAAACGUUUCCCCGAAAAGCGCAGCGCCAACUUCAUCUACUCACUCGUAUCCGCUCUUACUUAUCUGCACGAACGUAAUGUUAUUCAUCGAGACAUCAAGCCGGAAAAUUUGUUGCUUGGACACGGGGGCGAGCUGAAGAUAGCCGACUUUGGGUGGUCGGUACACGAACCUACCUCAUCGCGAACCACGCUCUGUGGAACGGUGGACUAUUUGUCACCGGAGAUGGUGCAGGGUCAGCCGCAUACGAAAACCGUGGACCUGUGGAGCUUGGGUGUGCUGGCUUACGAGUUACUUUGCGGCAAGGCGCCAUUCCUUGCUACCACCUACGAAGAAACCUAUCGCAAGAUCAUUAAAGUGCAGUACACUGUGCCAUCGGAUAUAUCGAAACCGGCUGCCCAUCUGAUCUCACGGUUGCUUGUCCGGGAGCCGGAAAAACGCAUGCCGCUAGAGAACAUCGCCUCACACCCUUGGAUUACACUGCUGGUCGAGAAGAAAUGAUUUCGUUGUUGGCAUUUUCCGGGUUUUAAACCUUCCCCGAUUUGGCUUCACUUGAGCUACAAUUAAUUAUAAUGCAAAUGUAACAAAAUAUUAGGUGAAAGAAG